GUGGGUGAAAACCAAUUAGUGACAUUGAAAUUGUUUUUAAUCAAUAUAAUAACUACAUUUUUUUUGCUGACCGGAUAUCUUAAGGAUCUUGAGUUGUUAUGCCGAGGCUAGCCUCUCUUCAGUCUUUGUAUCGCCUUUGUCGAUCUUCAUCCUAUCUUCCAGUAGCAAGUAUUACACAAGCUUCCUCCUGCUAUCAACAACAUAUAAGAUCAUUGGAAACGAUGGCCAGUGAUAAACUCAAAGCAGCUGAACACCUAAAAGGGUUGGAGGGAAGUGUAUGGGUUGAAUUUGUAAAGCUUGCUACAGAAGAGAAGGCUAUUAACCUUGGUCAGGGUUUUCCAGACUUUGCUCCUCCAAACUCUGUCACCCAAGCCCUGACAGAAAUCAUUGCUCCAGGUUCUAACCCUCUUAUGAGCCAGUAUACAAGGUCAUAUGGCCAUGCCAGACUUGUGAAUGCCAUUGCUGCUAUGUAUACCAAGUUCAUGGGUCGUGAGGUAGAUCCAAUGACAGGUGUAUUGGUAUCAGUAGGUGCGUACGGAUCUCUCUACUAUGCAAUCAACAGCCAUGUUAACCCUGGUGAUGAGGUAAUCAUCAUAGAGCCUUUCUUUGAUUGCUAUGAACCGAUGGUCAGGAUGGCUAGAGGUGUACCAAGGUUUAUUGCUCUUAAACCAACGAAUAAUAAAGAGGGUGUGUCAUCAACCAAAGAUUUCACUCUUGAUAGUAAUGAACUAAGGGGGCUCUUUAACUCAAAGACUAAAGCUAUCAUCAUCAACAACCCUAAUAACCCACUCGGAAAGCUCUUUACAAGAGAAGAACUAACUGAGAUUGCGGACCUAUGCAAAGAGCAUGAUGUCAUUUGUAUCAGUGAUGAAGUUUAUGAACAUCUUGUUUACGAUGAUAACAAGUUCACAAGGAUUGCUACCUUGCCAGGUAUGUGGGAUAGAACUAUCACUGUGUGCAGUGCAGGAAAAAUAUUCAGUGCUACAGGCUGGAAGCUUGGUUGGAGCAUAGGACCACAGCAUCUGAUUAAGAAUUGUCAGACACUUCAUCAGAACUGUGUUUAUACUUGUCCAACACUUAUCCAGGAAGCUGUAGCGAGGGGUUUGGAGAUUGAGUUUAGUCGUCUUGGCCAGCCAGAAUGCUACUUCUUAGAACUGCCACGAGAGUUACAAGAGAAACGAGAUAAGAUGGCUAAGAUCUUGAGAGAGUGUAACCUGACCCCUAUCAUCCCAGAUGGAGGAUACUUCAUGAUGGCUCAAUAUGGUCACUUAGGAGUGGAUGUCAGUCAGUAUGGCGAUGGACCUGAAGAUUAUAAGAUGGUUAGAUACCUUACCAAGACACAGGGUGUAGCAACUAUUCCCUGUAGUGCAUUCUACAGUGCUGAUCAUAAAAGUCUUGGAGAGCCGUAUAUCCGCUUCUGUUUUAUCAAGGAUGAUUGCACAAUCGACAAAGCAGCUGAGAAACUCAAAGCAUUUAGCAAAUCCCUGAAGGCAUAAAUAAUGGCUGAGUAGCUGGAAAAUGUGGAAAGCAGAAGAUAUAUAUAUAUAUUUUUCUUUCACCAAUGUAAACAAUGUAAUUUUAACAAGUACAAUUUUAAUCAUCACAGCCAUAGACCUCCACCUUUCUGCAGAUCGUAAAGGAUAAACACCUUCUUUUAUGAUUGGCUAACAUAUGACAGGUUUGCAUUUAACUUGUUUGAUUCGGAGUUGUACUUUACAAUUAAACCAGGGGAGCGUUUCAUGAAAGGACUUGUCGGAUGCUUUAUUCAACAAGUCACAUUUUAUCCGACAGUUACCAUAGUAACAAUGCCUCUCAGCCAAUCAGAUUCAAGAUAAGAUGUCAGAUCUGACAACUUGUCGGACAAAAAUAUUGAUGAAAUGCCAUCCUGAAGUAUAUGUUAUAUCCCAGGAAUCUGAUAAAUGCAUCAUGUAAUCAGAUUAGUAUUACAGGAAAUUCUUUGAUGUGACUUUGAUAUACAAGACACAUGUGGUGUCAUGAUCCAGGUACCAUCUAUCCUCAUACUCUAAUUGCAUUAUGCAAGAACUCAUUUAUGAUUUUUGAUAGUCAAUAAUUUGAUCACUUCAACACAAAAUCUAUCUUGAAAAUCAUGGCUUGUUGAAUUGAGCGAAAUGAAAAGAAAUUUGAAAAAUGACUGCCCAAGAUAGAUGUUAUCCAAUAAAGACUGCCAUUUGUCUAGAAAUGGAAUUGGAGUCACAAAUUAAUUUGUGACAAUAUUGAAAUAUUAAAAGUAACUGGUUUUCACUAAGACUGAAUAAAUGUAGAUACUGUUUUGGAAACAAUAGAUACAUACAUACGAUAUUUUGCUCUUUUUGGACUCCCAAAUCACAAACUCCUUUUGUGAGUGUGUAUGCGUGUAUGAGUUUGUAUUUUUAUGAGCAUAUCCAUGCAAAGAAGUAUAUAAAUAGUUUGCAUAUCAAGGUGUGUAUAAACUAAAUUGAUUUCACCACAACUUUUCAACAGUGUAAUAAUUACUAUAAGAUUACAUGUAACUUGAUUACACAAUAACCCUUAUCAGAUCACACGUAUGAAAAACAAGAAAUUUAAACCAAUCGUUUGGUUGAUCACUCAUUUUAACGGUUAAACUCUCACACCAAACAUUGGUUCUUAUACAAAUUCCCUUUUUUCUAUGCUUUAAGCAUACAUGUUAAUUUGAGAGCUUUCCAUUAAAAUGGUUUGAAACAAGGAUUUUGAACAAGGGUAUGUGUAGAUUUUCAUGCACAUAUUAACUAUGCUUAGUUUUUGCAUAUUUUAUCAUAUAUUGUGCUGUAUUAAACUCACUCAUUUCCAAAGUGCAUGACAAUUAUGGUUCAUUUACAUUUAUUAAAAAGAGAUGUUUUUCUCAUUUGAAAUGGACUGUUAUGGACUGUUUGAAUGGAUAAUUUAUACAAACCAUUGUCUUCCCCUUUUUCCCCCCUAACAAGGAAUAAGGUGAUCUCUAUAUUAAAAAAGAUUAAUGUUAAAAGGUGAUUAUAAAUGAAGAUUUUCAUUGUUGACAGAUGGUUAAUAAUAUUCAAUUGAUAUGCAACUGAAUGAUUUUCACAUGUAAUAUCCCCUAUAAUAUUGAUGUUUAGUAUUGUUUUACUAAAUGGAAAUUAUUUUUAUGUACUUGCCAUCAUCGUAUAUGGUUGUAGUGAAGUAAUAAAUUCAUUUGUUUAUAAUUUGAUUUUAUCCUUUUAUUGAAUGGAGCACUGUUUAUUUUUUUGUGUAUUUUAUCGUGAGUUUAUUUGGUUCAUCAAUAAUUUGUUAUAAUCCUUUAUAAUUUAAUUUGGAAAUACUUUGCAGAGUGUGCUUAUAAAUUAUAAAGGCUUCUAUUCAACACCAUAAAUAUAUCUUAAAAGUCGAAUCUAUCCCUUUGGACAUUUGUUAGGGAAAAGAUGGAAUAGUUCAGUAUUUUUUGAAAAAGACCUAUAUAACAUGAAAUGGAAAGGAUUACAACUGUAUUGGACCAUUGUGUAUCCCAUAUGCCUUUGUCUCUUCAAUAAUUGAAUAUUAAUAGUUUGAUGGAAUGAAAUAAUAACCAUUCAUUCAUUUUGAAUGAAAAGGUGACAAGAUUCUUCAACUUUAUUGUAGAUACAUGAAUAGAAUAUCUUUCUUUUACUCUGGAUACCUUACUUUGUAUAAUGGGAGUAUAAACAUGGUAAUGGCAUAUGUGUAAUGAAUACAUGAAAUAAAGAAUAUAUUUGAUAAAAC